UGCAAACCACGUGAUGAAAUGGGGCGGUCCGUCGUCUGGCUUUGAAAAAAAAAAGCCAUUUUGUGUCGUCCUUACAAUACAUAUCUUUGCAAAGUCACAAUUUUUCGUUCGGGACAAAUACAAAUAGAAGAGCGUGUGGGUUUCCUGCAAUAUCAGAUGCUGCCCCCUGCUGGAUAAGAUGCACAAAACCACGCUGAUCAAAAUCACAGAGCUGAAUCCCAACCUGAUCUGCCCACUGUGUGUGGGGUACUUCAUCGAUGCCACCACCAUCGUGGAGUGUCUGCACUCCUUCUGCAAAUCCUGCAUCGUCAGCUUCCUGGAGACCAAUAAAUUCUGUCCCAGGUGUGAUGUGCAGGUCCACAAAACCCGCCCGAUGCUCAGCAUCAGGUCAGACAAAACGCUGCAGGACAUCGUGUACAAGCUGGUCCCCGGGCUCUUCAGAGAUGAGAUGAAACGGAGGCGGGACUUCUACACAGCCAACCCUGUGGCUGAUGGAGCUCAGGCCAGCAGGGAGGACCACGGGGAGGCGAGGGAGGAGGUGCGGGGGGAGGAGGAGAGGGUCCCGGAGGAGGACGAAAUCAUCAGUCUGUCCAUCGAGUUUCACCAGGAGAAGAAGAGUGACAAGAAGCCCCCAGACUCCAGAGAAGCGGACAGGGAGAAGCCCAACAGUAAACGCUUCUUGCGUUGCCCAGCUGCCAUGACAGUCAUGCACCUGGCCAAGUUCCUGCGCAGCAAGAUGGACAUCCCCAGCAACUACAGGAUUGAGGUUUUGUAUGAAGGCGAGCCCCUCAAGGACUAUUACACCCUAAUCGACAUCGCCUACAUCUACACAUGGAGACGACAGAACGGGCCGCUGCCCCUGCGCUACUGCGUCCAGCCGCCGCGGAAACGGCUGAAGCUGUCCCACCCGGCUGCCUCCGGCCACUCCGACGGCGUCAACACCAGCCCCCCCUCCGACAGCGAGUCCCUGAGCGACAAGGCCAGCAGCCCCAACACCCUCCCGUCCAGCUCCUCCCCCCUGCCCAGCCCGGACCCCCGCGGCCCCGCCCCCUCCCCCUCCGCCCAGCUCAACGGCACCCCCCCGCAGGACGGCGCUCGCAAGCACGCGCCCGACGGGGGAGGGGGCACCUGGGGCGGGCCCCUCACCUGAACCGCCCGCCCCCUUCCCCCCCCAGCACCUGUACACAUUUCUAUUUAACCUGCGCUUUCAGCGGACGGACAGCUCACCUGGGAGACGGACCUGACGCUCUGUCAUCUUUUAUACGUAUCGCCUUUUUUUCUUUCCAACUGUAUGUUACUCCUCUGGAACCAGCAGCUCGGACUGCACAGCUGGAACCUGAGAUUCAGUUUGUUUGCAUGAAAGGUGGGGGUGGGGGGUGGGCUGGGGGGCAUACACACACACACACACACACACAUAUAUAUAUAUACUUCCCAUUAGAGUGCGUGUUUGUAUAUACAAGUGCAUAUGUUACGUUUAUUCCCCCCAAGUUUCUUUUACAGCGAGGGGGUCCUGAGAUCAGCCAAGAUGGACGGUUUGAACGAGUUAGUUUCACAUGAAUGCAGACCUUUGUGAUGUCACAACACUACAGGGAAUGGACUGUCCAGAUUUUGUAACCGUACGCCAAAUGCUGCAUUCCUGUGUUCUCUCAAUUCCGGCGACUUGUAUUUACUGCGCUCGGAACGCAAGUUUCCCCCGCAUCGUAAUUACAAGUGCAAUAGCCUCGUCACGUUUUUUUACCCGAGUUACCGACUUUGGGUUCUUUUGACUUUGAUUAGCGAUCUUCCCAGGAAAAAAAAAAAGAGAAAGAAAAUAGCUGAAAAACAUGGCUGUGUUUUGGCCGCUAAAUUGUACAAAAAUACUGCAGCUUUUUUUUUUAAUAACAAUCAUCAUGUUUUUGUAACCUAUGAUCAUGUAAAUUAUUGCCCAGGUUUGAGGCACCUGACUACAGCCAAAUUGGAAGAGUAUGUUUCCAAGGAGAGCAGAAACAGGAGAAUUAUGGGUAAAAUACUGAGGUGUCCGUAGUAUAAACGAAUAAACGCAUAAAUUAAUACAUUGGUUAAGAGUCCUAAAGGAAAUGCCUUGCUUUUAAAUGGGGGAGGGGAGGGGUAUGGGGGGGAAAUGUCAAUAUUAGUCUUUUUUUUUUUUUUUUGCUAGAUGAGGAAAGAUAUGAAUUAUUUAAAUUUGACUUUUUUUUUUAAAAACUGUAGCUUUAAAUCUCCAUUGCAUUGCUUCCGUUUAUUUUGGGAAGUCCCUAAAAUUUCAUUUAUAGUUCUGACAAAAACCACUGUGCAAAUGUAAGCACUUUUCAGAACGGGAGCUUAAAGUGCUUUCCAAUGAUGAAAAAAUAAAUAAAUAAAAACAAGAAGGUAGCAGUCAAUAAAAGCGCAAAAAAGCAAA